CGCGCAGUGGGUGGCAGGAGGCGGCGGCCGAGUGCGCGGGUCGCGUGGCGCUGCGUGGUUGCCAGGGCACCUGCGGCCGCUCGCUUGCCCAGCAGGCCCAGGGAGGAAGCAGAUGCAGAGUGGAGCCGGCGCCUACCGGGGCGAGCUGGGUGCCCGAGGUGAGGUCCGUCUAUUGGCUCCUAUAGUAAGUUCCUUGCAAGUUGCUGAUUUGGAGGCUCAACUGAUGGUGGAUCCUCUGGACUCCGUCAAAGAGAGCUGACAGACUUCGAGGAUGCAGCUGCUACCGCUAGAGGGGUGUGGCACCGUGGCUGAGCCGGGCCAUGAGGCCGCGUGGCCAUGAUGAGGUGGGCCCCUCAUGGCCUCAGCAGGAACACAGAACUGCAGUGUUGGCCUCCGCCGGGGAAACAGCUUCAAGCAGAGUGGUCCCUCAGGCUCAGUGCCUGCCCCGUCACCUGAGAGACCCUCUGAGGGCAAAGUCUGGUCUCAGGCCCAUCAGCAGGUGAAGCCAAUCUGGAAGCUGGAGAGGAAGCACGUGGGGACACUGUCAGCAGGGUUGGGCCCAGCCGUCUUGGGUGUCCCGCCCCAGCCAGCCUAUUUCCUCUGCCCCGGCACUCUAUGUAGCUCUGGGAACACCACCGUCAUUGCGGGCCCCAGCAACUCCUGUUCCCUGCACUCUCUCCCGGACUUGUUUGGCGGUACCCUGCUCUACCGCCGCUCCAACUACAGGCACAAACCGUACCACCAGCUGGAAUCGUUCUGCUUGCGUUCUAGCCCAUCAGAGAAAAGACCUUUCUCUCUUCCUCAGAAGAGCCUCCCUAUCUGUCUCACUGCCAAUAAGGCCACUUCUUCCACGGUCUUCCCCAUGGCCCAGCCCAUGGCAUCCUCCUCCUCCUCCUCAGAUCCAUACCUCUCACUGGCAGCAGCUGGGGAGAACCCUUCGGGGAAGAGCCUCGCCUCUGCCAUCUCAGGGAAGAUCCCGUCUCCACUGUCCUCCCCCUACAAGCCCAUGCUGAACAACAACGCCUUCAUGCGGCCAAAUAGCACUAAAGUGCCUUUCUCGCAGGUCACUGAGGGCCCGAAGCCACUGUCCUCAGUCAAGGCCCACCCCCUCUCCUGGCACCAUUCUGGGGGUACUGGAGACGGUGCACCUCAGCCUGGUGACCACAAGGUGCCCCAGAACACUGGUACUGUCCUGGAUGAUGCCACUGCCCAAAUCACCCUGUCUACACCCCGGUCCCUCAGCACAGCCACCACCAGUGUUGCCUCCCCCCAGUACAACCGGAAUAACGUAGCUGUGGGGGCAGAGCCAUAUGCCUGCGGCCUGGCCGACAGCUCCAACUUCCAGGCUCCGACUAAGGAGGUUCGGUUCACCGAGGCUGUGAGGAAGCUGACCACUAGAGGCUUCGAGAAGGGGCCGAGGCCAGGCUACCAGUUUGAGCAGUCUUGUUUCAGGAAGCCUAGCUUCCAGUGGAACGUCCUGAACAGGAGCAGGCGGUGGAGACCUCCUGUGGUAGGCCAGCAGCUUCCUCCGGGGGAUGCUGGGCCAGCCGGUCGGGUGUUCCCUGGUGCCUCAGACACCGUGGAGUUGGACGGUACUGUCUUCUGUACCAAACGUAUCAGCAUUCACCUCCUUGCCUCACAUGCCGGUGGGCUCGACCACAGCCCUGCCUGUGGACCUGUGAUUGACCCCUCGCCCCUCGGAGAAGAUAAACCUCCAGUCCUCCCUUCGACCCCUCGACCCUUUGGAGUAGCUGAUGUGGCUCCCCGCCUCUCUUCCAUCCAUCUGGGCCAGCCUGGGAAGGAGGGGCCUGAGGAAGCCAGGGAGCUGGACUCGUCCGCAGGGGAUAACGGUUCAGCUACUGACGUCCAGCCAGAUCAGGCUGAGGCCGAAGAUGUAGAAGAAGAACUAGUGGAUGGUUUGGAAGACUGCUGCAGCCACGAUGAGAACGAAGAUGAGGAGGGCGACUCGGAGUGCUCCUCCCUAAGUGCCAUCUCCCCCAGCGAGUCAGUGGCAGCAAUCUCUCGGAACUGCACGGAGAUUCUGACCAAACCCCUCUCCAAUCAUGAAAAAGUAGUCCGACCAGCCCUCAUCUACAGUCUCUUCCCCAACGUGCCCCCUACCAUCUAUUUCGGCACGCGGGAUGAGAGAGUGGAGAAACUUCCCUGGGAACAGAGGAAGCUGCUGCGGUGGAAGAUGAGCACGGUGACCCCCAACAUCGUUAAGCAGACCAUAGGACGGUCCCACUUUAAAAUCAGCAAGAGAAAUGAUGACUGGCUGGGCUGCUGGGGUCACCACAUGAAGUCUGCUAGUUUCCGAUCCAUCCGGGAGCAUCAGAAGCUAAACCACUUCCCAGGCUCAUUCCAGAUUGGGAGGAAGGACCGGCUGUGGCGGAACCUGUCCCGCAUGCAGAGCCGCUUCGGCAAGAAGGAAUUCAGUUUCUUCCCCCAGUCCUUCAUCCUGCCCCAGGACGCCAAGCUCCUGCGCAAAGCAUGGGAGAGCAGCAGCCGCCAGAAGUGGAUCGUUAAGCCACCAGCGUCAGCACGAGGCAUUGGCAUCCAGGUCAUUCACAAGUGGAGUCAGCUCCCCAAGCGAAGGCCCCUCCUGGUACAGAGGUAUCUGCACAAACCCUACCUCAUCAGCGGCAGCAAGUUCGAUCUGCGGAUCUAUGUUUACGUCACUUCCUACGAUCCUCUGCGGAUUUACCUCUUCUCAGACGGCCUCGUCCGCUUUGCCAGUUGCAAAUAUUCCCCUUCCAUGAAGAGCCUCAGCAACAAGUUCAUGCACUUGACCAACUACAGCGUCAAUAAAUGCCGAGUACCAGGCCAAUGAGGACGAAACGGCCUGCCAGGGCCACAAAUGGGCGCUGAAGGCUUUGUGGAACUACCUGAGUCAGAAGGGAAUCAAUAGCGAUGCCAUCUGGGAGAAGAUAAAGGAUGUCGUCGUCAAAACCAUCAUCUCGUCAGAGCCCUACGUGACCACCCUGCUCAAGACGUAUGUGCGGCGGCCCUAUAGCUGCCACGAGCUCUUCGGUUUCGACAUUAUGCUGGACGAGAACCUCAAACCCUGGGUCCUGGAAGUCAACAUCUCCCCAAGCCUCCACUCCAACUCUCCACUGGACAUCAGCAUCAAAGGCCAGAUGAUACGUGACCUCCUGAACCUGGCGGGUUUUGUUCUGCCCAGCGCAGAGGAUAUUGUUUCGAGCUCCAGUGGCUCCAGCAGCUCCAACAGCUCUGCCACCAGCCUGCCCAGCUCUCCCAAGGACAAAGGUCGAAUGGCUCCGGAACAUUUUACUGCACAGAAGAUGAAGAAAGCCUAUUAUCUGACCCAGAAAAUUCCCGAUCAGGACUUCUAUGCAUCCGUGCUGGACGUCCUGACACCAGACGAUGUUCGGAUUCUGGUCGAGAUGGAGGAUGAAUUUUCUCGCCGUGGUCAAUUUGAACGGAUUUUUCCUUCUCGAAUCUCCUCUCGCUAUCUCCGCUUUUUUGAGCAGCCACGAUAUUUCAACAUUCUCACCACCCAGUGGGAGCAGAAGUACCAUGGCAACAAGCUCAAAGGAGUAGAUCUUCUUCGGAGUUGGUGCUACAAAGGGUUCCACACAGGCGUUGUCUCUGAGUCUGCUCCCAUGUGGUCCCUCCCGACGUCACUUCUGACCAUCCCAAAGGGCGACAUGAUGCUCAAUGCCUUCAGCAAGUUAGAGACAGGCCAGCUGGGGAAACACAGUGCCUCUGAGGGAAACCUCCUGCUCUCUGAAGGUGGGACCACAUCCAAGCCCAAGAAGCCUCAAUCUGGUCUUUCCCCUUUCCCUAAGAAACCCAGUUUCUCAAAGGACAGUGAGGGCACCAGCAAAGAGCCAGGCCUCUCUUCCAAAAUGUUACCGACGAUCAAGUACUCCGGGCGGACUUCACGACUGUCUUCUUCCGCCACAUCCCAGUCAAGCAGUGACUCUCUCCUGGCUGCUGUGAGCCCGUGACUGGCCUCUCUCCACAAGCCCCAGCCCAGGAGCACCAGUGUCAGCUACCUCACAGGAACCGGCCUGCUGACCAGCCUGAACCCCACUCUUCCUCCUCGCCCCUCAUCAGAGUAUUUUUUGAAGUGGUUCAAUUGCAGAGAUGGAUAUCUGGAGGGUUGGAGGGAUUGUGGUCUGGGGAGAAGGUGAGGAAGGUUUGCCCUCUGUCAUUUGUCUGCAUGGCUGGCCCUCAUGUCUCAGCAGAGAAGCCAGUGAUGGCCCCGCAGCCUUAUAAAGCAGGGUUUGGUUUCUGCCUUCA